AAAGAAGAAAAUCACUAAUUGCAGCAGGUGAAGGAGGUUUGUUGCUCAUCAUGGUGGGGAGGCCAUCUGAACUGGAAAACAGGGUCAAACAUUUUGAGUUUCACUGCAAAAAUUACACAAGCUGCAGAUCUUUAUGAGUCAGCCUGGAGCCAGCAGUCUGCCAGAAGUUAAGGACCGAUUCUUUGACCUCCCUCCCCCUCUCCGUGCUCCUGUCCGAACGUGCAGGCCGAUCUUCCCCCCGGCCUGAUCAGCAUGACAAAGCACUGGCCGGAGCAGAUCCUCUUGGCACCACUCGCUCUGUCCCACCUUGGAGAACACCACGGCCAUCAACUUGACUUCCACAGAAAUGCGCAGCAGAGUUUUCCUCCCGGCGGUGUAGCGCGCAGCUCUCCAGCCCAACAUUGGCCUCGCCACCUGGAUCAGAUGGUUCCCCAGCACUUGUCGCGCUUGGAGAAACCAGCAGUGCGCUCCGAACACCUCAACGGUGCCACGGCGUUCAUGGAUAAAGUUGCACCACCGGGCUCAGCGUACCCGACUCCUCAAGAUGCUCACUGCAAACAGGAAAGUAUUACCCGGGACUCGUGGAGCAGUGAACGGGAGAAGAAUGGCACCAGCGGUGGGAAGAAGAAGAACUAUCAGCGGUAUCCAAAACCACCGUACUCAUACCUCGCAAUGAUUGCUAUGGUCAUCCAAAGAUCCCCAGAGAAGAAACUGACGUUGUCUGAGAUCCUCAAGGAGAUCAGCACUCUCUUCCCAUUCUUCAAAGGAAACUACAAGGGCUGGCGAGACUCUGUGCGACACAACCUCUCCUCUUAUGACUGCUUUGUGAAGGUGCUGAAGGACCCCGGGAAGCCUCAGGGCAAAGGCAACUUCUGGGCGGUGGAGCUGAGUCGUGUCCCUCUGGAGCUCCUCAAGAGGCAAAACACGGCCGUGUCACGGCAGGAUGAGACGAUCUUUGCCCAGGAUCUGGCUCCGUACAUCCUGCAGGGACACAAGCCAGAAUCUGAGCCACCACCUGCCCCAGUCAACCCCCUCCCUGCCAUGCGCUCAAGUAACCCCUCCCCACCACAGGAGGACUUGUUCCGGCCUAAGCUGGACUCAUCCUUCGCUAUCGACUCUCUGCUACACAGCUUGAGGCCACCUAGUGCCUCUGGGGAUGUGGAUGCGUCUACCAGGGACUGCUGGGGCAAGGUGGAGCGCCCUCGGCCUUCACCUCCUCCACGACCACGCUACGCCUCCUCUGCCCGUAGUGCCUCAGCCAGCUCUGCCAGCCCGGCCUCCACCUCCUCCUCCUCUGAUGAGGAAUGGAAAGGGAUGUCACUGUCUGGGAAGCGUGUUCCUCUUGAUGGUGAAGCAGGGUCAGACGGUUUUGAGGACUACAGACCGCCACUGCACAAGUCAGCCCGACGAGAGACAGUCGCACCUCCAUGGGAGCUUCCUACCUCCUAUGCCAAAUACGCUCCCCCCAAUGCGGUCGCUCCACCCAGCAUGCGGUUCAACGGAGGUCCCCUGAUGCCGCUGCAUGGCGGACUCCCUCUUUACGGCUAUGGCAGCUCUCCUGUGGCACCUGGUCACUUUUUAGGUCAUGCCUAUUGGCCUAUCCUCCCGAGCGGACGAGUUUCUGUCCAAGCCCCUCCCCUCAUCAUGGACCUGGACAACAUGUUGCAAUCCGUGCCUCCAAACAAGAGUGUGUUUGAUGUGUUGGUACCAACCAAUCAGAACUCUCACCAACAUCAUCAACCACCUGGUCAGUACACACUGCAGAAUGGGCCUCCCCUAAACAGGUAUCCUCAAUACUGACUCUGAAACACUGUCUUCCUCAUACUGACACUCAAAAAUGCACAGAUGCUAACAAAGGCGUCACUUCUCUACUGCAACAUCUCCAAAAUCAAGUCUCAAUCAUCACCUCUGGCUCAAGAUGUGCUGACUGUUUCUAAAGUGCUGAACCACGGACGAUGCAAUUGACAGAUUUUUACCAACAUGAAAACUUUUUUUUUACCUUUUUUAAGUCUGAGAUUUUCAAAAGCAAACUCCCUCAUGUUUCUCAUCGACGUGAGGACAAAUGUACCACAAACAGCUAUACAACAAAACAAAUAUCUACCUCAAGCUUUCAAUGAAAAGUUCUGUGUUAUCACUGCAGGCUCUUUGAGUCUUAUUUGCACUGUUUUUAUUGGCACAAAUUUGCUUUUCUACACAAACUGCCUUUGCAUGUUGUCUACGAAAUGUGACUGCUGAAUGUAUUGUUGGAUUCAAUCUUGAAUUCAACAUUUGUGAAACCUAAUGGCAACAAGCUGGACUGUUGGCGGCAUAUACAGUAAAUGUGAGCUGUGAAGUAUCCCACCAGCAUUUUAAACUUCAGUGAGAACAUGUUUUCUCCUUUGUCAGGGUGUGUCUGUGUGCACAUCAAUGUGUACACACACUUGUGUCAUUUGUGAGUUUAGGUCUGUUUGUUCAGAUGGUGAAAUGUACAGGACCAGCUGUUUACUGUAUGUUCUUCCUGUCUUGAAUUUCACUACGUCUGGACUGUCUUCCUUGCUCCUAUGCAGCUACAAUAUCAUAUUAACCUGAUAAACUAUGAAACCGCAAGGUGGCCCUAUAACUGUCUUUGUCAUUUUAAUGUUUGUUUUUACAUUACAAAAAUCUUAAGCUAAGAAGAUGGGCCACAUUUUAGAUUUAGCUGCAUGUUCUCAGGACACUAGAGACAAUCAGCCACUUUACUACCUCCCGCAUCUACCUCAGGUUUUUAAUGGGCUGGGACACGUUUCCUGUGGACUUUGCACUGCCGGCUGUUUGCACUAUUUUGAUGUCAUUAUGAUCAUCCUCCUGUGGAAAUUGCUUAUAAAUGUCUGCCAACCUCGACAGGUGAAUGUUUUUGUUUUUAUGCCAUUUUCCUGUGGUCUUGUUAAAGCUUUGUACAGUGCUGAGCUGAAGUAUCAAAGUAUCAAAAGAAGGUUAUGGAGCUGAACAGGGUAUGUUAAUAAAAUGCUGUUUAUUUUAA